AUGGGGCGGAUAUCUGUAAUCAACAGUAGUGACUUUAAAAGUCAUCCUAGCCUCCUUUUGCUAGUUGCUUCAGUUAAGGGCAGGGCUUUCUGUAGAAAAUUUUUGGAGCUGGAAGUAAAUGAAAUUGGUUUUCUGUGCUUCAUUGUAGUGCAGAUUUUUGCUUCUCUGGAAGUAAAGUCAUCCUACAGGCUAAAGGGCAAUGGCGUCCAAUUCUUCAAGCUCGUCUCGUCUUGCAGUUUGGUGCUAAUGGUGCAGACACGAAUUAGUUCUUCAAUGGUAACGUUUGUCAAAAACUCGUAUGACCGUUGAGCAGGAACCAAAUCCCCCAAGAG